UGUGAUGUCAUAUGUCCGCGCUCUGGCGUUCCAAGUUGAGCCCGCGUUCGUGUUGCUAGCUUUGGGUGGCUGUCCUAGCACAGGUUGUCUUUACCGAUGGAUCAGAAGCCGCUGCGACUCUUGGCAUGUGGAGACGUUGAAGGAAAGUUUGAUGUUUUAUUCAAUAGAGUUCGGACAAUUCAGAAGAAAAGUGGGAACUUUGACCUGCUGUUGUGUGUAGGAAACUUUUUUGGCUCUACCCAAGAUGCUGAGUGGGAAGAGUAUAAGACUGGCAACAAGAAAGCUCCUAUUCAGACAUAUGUGCUUGGCGCCAAUAACCAGGAAACAGCGAAAUAUUUCCAGGAUGCUGAUGGGUGUGAAUUAGCUGAAAACAUCACUUACCUGGGUCGAAAAGGUGUUUUCACUGGAAGCUCGGGACUGCAGAUUGCGUAUCUCAGUGGGACAGAGUCCUUAGAUGAAACAGCCCCAGCUCACAGCUUCAGUCCCAAAGAUGUGUCUUCCCUGAGAACAAUGCUGUGUUCGGCAUCCCAGUUCAAGGGUGUUGAUAUCUUGCUCACGUCCCCGUGGCCCAAGUAUGUGGGGAGCUUCGCGAAUUCCUCUGGAGAAGUAGAUACUAAAAAAUGUGGCUCCACUUUGGUCUCCAGCCUGGCCUCCAGCUUGAAACCUAGGUAUCAUUUUGCUGCUUUGGAGAAGUCGUAUUAUGAGAGACUUCCAUACAGAAACCAUGUUGUUCUACAAGAAAGUGCACAGCAUGCCACUCGUUUCAUAGCGCUGGCGAAUGUUGGAAAUCCAGAAAAGAAAAAGUAUCUUUAUGCAUUCAGUAUAGUUCCCAUGAAGCUAAUGGCUGUAGCAGAGCUGGUGAAACAGCCCCCGGAUGUCACCGAGAACCCUUACCGAGACUCUGGGAAGGAAGCAGUUGGAAGAAAGCAAAUUCCUGCUGCUCAGGAAGAAUCAGCCUGUCAGUUCUUCUUUGAUUUGAAUGAAAAGCCAGGACGGAAACGGUCGUCCACAGGCAGAGAUAACAAGCCCCCUCACGCCAAGCAGCCUCGAAAGCCUCCUCAGCCUCCAGGCCCUUGUUGGUUUUGCCUGGCCAGCCCCGAGGUGGAAAAGCAUUUGGUGGUCAACAUUGGCACACAUUGCUACCUUGCCCUGGCCAAAGGAGGCUUAUCUGAUGACCAUGUGCUCAUCCUGCCCAUUGGACACUACCAGUCAGUUGUGGAGCUUUCGGCAGAGGUGGUGGAAGAAGUGGAAAAGUAUAAGGCUACUCUGAAACGUUUCUUUAAGAGUCGAGGGAAGCGCUGUGUUCUGUUUGAAAGAAAUUACAAGAGCCAUCACCUCCAGCUUCAGGUCGUUCCUGUGCCCCUCAGCUGCUGUGUUACAGACGACAUUAAAGAUGCCUUCAUUACCCAGGCGCAGGAGCAGCAGAUAGAGCUGCUGGAGAUUCCAGAGCACUCAGACAUCAAGCAGAUUGCACAGCCAGGAGCAGCAUAUUUUUAUGUUGAACUGGACACAGGAGAAAAGCUUUUUCACAGAAUUAAAAAGAAUUUUCCUUUGCAAUUUGGAAGGGAGGUGCUGGCCAGCGAAGCCGUUCUCAGCAUUCCCCACAAGGCUGACUGGAGGCAGUGUCAAACCAGUAAGGAGGAGGAAGAAGCCCUGGCCCGACGCUUCCGGAAGGACUUUGAACCCUUUGACUUCACUCUGGAUGACUAGCUAAAGGGAAGGGCAUGUCACAGGAGAUUGUUGCAGCCUGUUGUUAAAAGUGAAACUGCCAUCUCUGUGGAGGCUACCUCCCUGCCUCUUUUCCAUAUAUUCCCAUGGAGCCUGCCUGCAGCAAGAGGCCUAGGAU